AAGUAGUAGCAGUUUAAAAAAAAGUGAAGAAGACGUUUGUUUGAGCGGCUCACUUCAAAGAAGACCAUUUGACAGAAAGAUUUCCGAGCUCGACCAUUUUCUUUAAGAAGUCACAUAUUUAACUCGUCGCCGACGGUGCUCUGUGAGACAAACAAAGUCGGGCUCCGCCCAGAGCUUUCUACUUAAUUCGAGAACUUUGAUUCGUGCAGUUAACGUUAGUUAGCAUCGGUUGUCAGCUGAUGCUAACAUGACCCGGCAGGCUGCUGCUCUACAGACUUACAACAAUGAACUCGUCGAGUGUAUUGAGGACCUGUGCUCCAAACGGGAAGAGUUGAACCAACAAAUCAAGCUGGAGGAAGAAGAGAAGGAGCGACUGCAGCAUGACAUCCACGUCCUCGCUGAGAAGCUGAGCAGGGUCAACGAAAGCCUCGCUCAAAGACUGGCUACACGCGCCACCUUCGACCGCACCAUCGCAGAGACCGAGGCUGCCUACACCAAGAUCCUGGAGAGUUCCCAGUCUCUACUCAGCGUCUUGAAGCAUGAGGCACAAAACGUCAGUAAAGCCAUGGAGCCUCGCAGGAAAGAGCACUAAUGCACAGGAAGUGGGUCUUGAAAAACUGUUCGAAACAUGUUGUUUUUACACAAAUAAAGUCACCGAUUUCUGACAAAAUCUCA